UUUUUACAGCAAAAUUUGGUUAAAACUACGUUUUGUAACAUUACAAAAAAUGGAGGGAAGCACAGAAAACGCAAUUUACCAACCAGAUUUCAACGAUCUUCCGAAUGAGCUUCUCUGGCGAAUCUUCCGCCACCUCGGCCACACCGAUCUGCUGCAAAUGGCCCUCGUUUGUCACCGCUGGAACCAGACGAUCUUUCACUUCCUAAACGACCGCUUCCGGUUCCGCCCGGAAGGGUGCGACGGCCUGAACGAACAUCGCACUUACAAACAUCUGAAUCUGAGCGUGUGUCGGCUGCCGCUUCCGACCUUGAACAUAAAGUGGCGGGACUACCUUUUCGGGGACAAGACCCAGCUGGAACGGCAAAAUGGAUCGCACGUUCGGAGCAUUAGGGUGGAAACGGCGUGUUCGCACCAGGAUUUGCUGGUGCGCUUGCUGGUGACUUUCAAGAAUUUGGAAAAACUGGAUUGGCUAGUUUCGGGGAAGAUGCUGUCCUACUACAAGGUGACGAUCGGAACCCGGAGAAUGAUCAAUGCCAGCAUGGCUCCGGUAAAGCACUUGAAAAUCAACGCUAAAAAGUACAAGCUGCAGAAUGUGCUGGAAAACCUGUCCGAAAGUUUGGUCACUUUGGACGUUGUCCUAUCUCCGCAAACGCUGAUCAAUAUCUGCGGUAACAAAAACUCGUUUCCCAAUUUGGAAACGCUCAAAGUUGAAAUCGACACAGACGAUGAAUUGCUGCUGGAAGGCUUAAUGAAGGAAUUCUUGGAGACUCUACCGAAGCUUCGAAAGUUCUCAUUCCAUAUGAGCGACCCGGAAGCCGUCCAAGAGGUGACCGAUGCCGACACCACCAUUGAGGAGUUUGAAUUGAUCGGGUUGGUUGACUAUUAUGUCCCUGACAUGAGUGACAUGAAGAACAUCAAAACAUUUCGUACGGACGGCAAGAUGGUGCAUUUCUACAUGGAUGGCUCGACCUUGCCGAUGCCGCAAAUAACUACGCUCGACAUCAAUCACGUCACAUUCGUGGACAUUGACGCCCUGGUGGAACACUUCCCCAACUUGACCGCUCUCCGCAUGGCGUUACAGCCCGAAACCAAUUACGAUAUGCUCGCAGUGGUAAACUCCUAUCCGAACCUGGAGCACCUCGCGAUUCGAAUUCAGGGACCCAACUUCUCGGCCAAGCUGAUGCUUAUCUCCAGCAUGCUCACGAAACUGGUCGAGCUGCACGCCAACCUCGUGAACCCGGAUGGACCGGAAAACUUCCAAGCUCAAGCGAUUACCAAGGGUAAUUUUAUCAUUUUUGGAUGCGUCCUCGCCUGCUUGCCUAACUUGCGCAAGUUCUACAUCACCACGGAUCUCAUCCGGGACGACACGUGUCCGCUGGCAUCGAUCGACUUUCCGGAAAUGCACGCGUAUGACUACUGCCAGGUAUUUGUGAACGGUGUGUUGAUAAAUCAACAGGUUUAACACUUUUUUGUCAAUGAACUCUUUUUUGUCGGUGAAUUGAAAUAUUUGCGAAGCGAAAUAUGAAAUAAAAUGCACCAAGCAAAUUUAUAAGCCA